GGAGAGUCAUUUAUUACCCGCAUUCUACUGAUAAAGAAGCCUACGCCCGGAUAAUAAAUGACUCACCCUGGGGCAAACCACUGGAAGAGACGCUACUCAAGGGCUCUGAAGCCCUCAGGCGUCUCCCCAUCUUCCUGUUCCCUCUCCUUCACGCCAAGUCUAGGAAACGCGCGCUGCAGAGUCUAUGAUGAAACAGCCCUUUCUCUGGACGCCGAGCAAAACACAGGGCACCCCUGCCUGCUGUACACUUCUCAUCUUUGCCGUUGGAUGAGGUCGCUUGUAGGUCCAGCCUCUGCCUUAGGGCUGUCGGGUUGGAGGAAAGGCAUCAGUGUUCCAGUGAAGGACCUUUUCCAGGACACUCACGAUGACAGUUGCCAAGUCCUGUAGUAGGUCCUGGGUGAGGAAGCCUUGACUCAUGGGACAUAACAGCAUUGCUGGAUGCCUGGUACAUUUAAGAAACCUGACUGCAUAAGAAGCACUCUACAUGGGCAGAGGAUGUUACCUGGAAUCAGAGCACUAAAUGAUCCUGACUUUUCUUGAUUUGAAUGUGCUGCCCUCCAUUUCAAGAUGCCUUUGCACUUCUGAUAAAUGCAAACUGACAAAUCUCCAGGCCACGACAGAGGGGAAAUCAUUACUGCUUGAAGCCUGGAAGACUGCCCUUAAUAAAGCCAAGUCCCCAAUUGUUGUUGAAAUGCUGAGGAAGUUGCGGAGGAGGAGACUUUUUUCUUAUCCCACUAAAUACUACUUCUUCCUUCUUGUGUUUUUCCUGGUCACCUUCUCUGUUUUAAGAAUUCAUCAAAAGCCUGAAUUUGUAAAUGUUGGACAUUUGGAGCUGCUUGAAGAGAAUCCUAGUAGUAAUAUUAAUUGUACCAAAGUUCUACAGGGUGAUGUAGAUGAAAUCCAAAAGGUAAAGCUUGAGAUUCUAACAGUGAAAUUUAGAAAGCGCCCUCGAUGGACAAACUAUGACUACAUAAACAUGACCAGUGAUUGUGUUUCUUUCAUCAAGAAGCGCAAAUAUAUUGUAGAACCCCUUAGUAAAGAAGAGGCAGAGUUUCCAAUAGCAUAUUCUGUAGUGGUUCAUCACAAAAUUGAAAUGCUUGACAGGCUCCUGAGGGCCAUUUAUAUGCCUCAGAAUUUCUAUUGCAUUCACGUGGAUACAAAAUCAGAGGAAUCCUUUUUGGCCGCAGUGACUGGCAUUGCGUCCUGUUUCCGUAAUGUCUUUGUGGCCAGUCAGCUGGAGAGUGUUGUGUAUGCAUCUUGGAGCCGGGUCCAGGCUGACCUCAACUGCAUGCAGGACCUCUACCAAAUGAAUGCAGACUGGAAGUACUUGAUAAAUCUCUGCGGUAUGGAUUUUCCUAUUAAAACCAACCUGGAAAUUGUCAGGAAGCUCAAGUUGUUAAUGGGCGAGAACAACCUAGAAACGGAGAGAAUGCCAUCCAAUAAAAAAGAAAGGUGGAAAAAGCAUUAUGCAGUCGUGAAUGGAAAGCUGACAAACAUGGGGACCGACAAAAUACAUCCUCCUCUUGAAACACCUCUGUUUUCAGGCAGUGCCUAUUUUGUGGUCAGUAGGAGGUAUGUGGAAUAUGUGCUCGAGAAUGAAAAAAUACAAAAGUUUAUGGAGUGGGCAAAAGACACAUACAGCCCGGACGAGUAUCUCUGGGCCACCAUUCAGAGGAUCCCCGAAGUCCCAGGGUCACUGUCCUUAAGCCAUAAGUACGACAUGUCCGACAUGCAAGCGAUUGCCAGGUUUGUCAAGUGGCAGUACUUUGAAGGUGACAUUUCCAAGGGCGCCCCCUACCCGCCGUGCAGCGGCGUCCACGUGCGCUCCGUGUGCGUUUUCGGAGCCGGUGACUUGAACUGGAUGUUGCACGUGCACCACUUGUUCGCCAACAAGUUCGAUACGGACAUCGACCUCUUUGCCAUCCAGUGUUUGGAUGAGCAUCUGAGGCAUAAGGCCCUGGAGACAUUAAAACACUGACCCUUGGAGGCAGUUUUAGAAAUAAUUAGGAGGCAUGAGAUGUACCCCAUUUGAUUCUUCCGCCUACAGAAUCUAACUCUUCAAGCCAGAGAAGCUCUAUGGUUUCUGCAGAGCAGGUCGGUUAGAAAGGUUGUAGCCUUCAGGCUUGACUUAGAGUCAGUGAGAGGGUAGGGCAGGUUGCAGGGCGUUGUGCAGGGGAGUGGUCCGGGCGGCUGGGGAAGAGGUUGAACGCCAGUUAUCCUGUUAAAGAGCUCAGGGACUGAACAAAACCCGAAGGUUUGACCUGUGCCAAAAUUACUUGGAGAGCUUUAAAUACGAUAGUUUUUCCUGAUUUGAAUAGAUUUAUAGCAACAGCCAACAGUCAGGAUGUAA